AUGAAAGUAUCAACAAGUCUCGUUGUGGCAGCUGUCUUGGUUGCAUUGAGCACGAGCGUAAACGCCAAGACGGCGAGCACAUCCGUCUUUGCAUCAGAGCCAUCAGAUAGUGAUCCCACCGAGGAACUAUCGUUGAGCUCGGAGUCCACGGCCGAACAAUCGGACAAAGAUAACUCGAAAUCUCUGGUCGAUACGAAAGACGCCACGGGCGACCCACCUGAAGAUCUAUACGAUUUCGAUGCACCUUGUGCAUCGGAUGACGGAGACACGAAGAAAGGCCUCACGGGGGAACAAUCUGAAGAAGAUAGCUCGACCCCGCUAUACGAUUUCGAUGCACCUUGUGAACCGGAUGGAGGAGACACGAAGGGAGGUCUCACGGACGAACAAUCUGACGAAGAUAGCUCGACCCCGCUCUACGAUUUCAGCUCGCCUUCUUGCGCAUCGGAUCCGGACCAAAUUGGCGGCUUUACUGAUGAAGAAAAAGCGAUCUGGAUCGAGCGUCACAACUAUUUUCGAGUAGCAGCUUUGCCCUGGGCAGCAGGUAAUAUGAAACGAAUGAAUUGGGACGAUGAGUUGGCCAAGGAAGCCGCAUCGACGGCUGAAAGUUGCACUGCUGAAACAACUGCCGGUCUUAACGUCUUUAAGGCCACGUCAACGGACUCAUCAUCGGUGAUUGACGAAGCGCUCAAUGAUUGGGCUGUCAAGCCUGCACUGUCUAAUAUCGGAUCAGUCGUUCCGCCGGCAAAGGAAGGCGAUUCCGCGGCACGUCGGAUUGCCAAUGGUGAAAAGCCACCGACGGUUCCGCCUGCUGCUACGACAGCAACGCCGACCUCCUCAUCUUUGAAGACACCUUUGAAAACGCCUUCGGUUAGCUUUAAUGAGGAUGUUGGUGAUACUAAGAAAAGUGCAACGGAUGAGACUCCGUCGUCGUCAAAGACGCAUUCAGUUAGCUCGAAUGAGGAUGUUGGUGAUACCAAGAAAAGUGCAACGGAGAAGACUCCGUCGUCGUCAAAGACGCAUUCGGUUAGCUCGAAUGAGGAUGUUGAUGAUACUAAGAAAAGUGCAACGGAGAAGACUCCGUCGUCUUCAAAGACGCAUUCAGUUAGCUCGGAUGAGGAUGUUGGUGAUACCAAGAAAAGUGCAACGGAGAAGACUCCGUCGUCUUCAAAGACGCAUUCGGUUAGCUCGGAUGAGGAUGUUGGUGAUACCAAGACUAGUGCAAUGGAUGAGACUCCUUCACCUUCAACGAAAACCGAGGAAGACUUGGUACCUGGAACGGUCAAGGCGAGCUCUGACAAAGGCUCGACCUUUACAAAUGAGAAACCGUCGACAAAGAAUCCGACUUCGAGCAGCCCUACCAGCACUUCAAGCAAACCAGAUAAUGAUGAGAGUUUACCACCUACCACCCCAAUGUCUGGCUCAAGUCCUGCACCGAGCACAAUGACUGUCACUCAGCAUAAGGGCGUUGAAUCGAACAUCUCGGUUGCUGGUAUAACUGGAAUAUCCGUGCUUGUUAUCGUUUGUAUUGCGGCUUUUGGUGUGGUCAUGAGCUAUAAGAGGAACCAGCGACGUCAACGGGAAAUUAUGCGGGAUGGCGGUAUCCGGGUUGAUUAA